GUCCAUCCCGUUAGUCAGAACAGGGUUCCACGCGUCUGAUUGGCCGCCAGCCCUGCAGCCCGUGGCAGUAGAGCUGCAGUGCGUGGCCCACGCAUCCUUCCCGGUGGUGCUGCUCCCCGCCAGUCCCUCAUGGCCGACGGUUGCCCCUCGCCCACUCUUUGCUGCCCGCCUCACUGUGAUCGCCCGACUCUUUUGUCCGCUUCUGCCCACGGCCACGCGUGGGUUUCUCGCACUUCCCCCUCUCUCUCGCCGGCGUUUCCCCCCUCGCUCCCUUCUCACUCUCUCUUUUCUUCUCUCUCUCUUUUACCUAAACCAAACUUCUUUCGACUCCUCCCACUUCUCUUCUUCUUUUCUCCCCUUCUUCUCCCUCUUUCUUCCAUUAUUCAACAUCCCCCUCUUCUUCUUUUCUCUUCCCCCCCCUCCUCCUUCACUUCUCUCACUCUCUCUUCUUAUAAUCAUUCAACAUAAUCUUUCUCUUCUCUCCCCGCGGUGUUUUGUGUGCUUUAGUCUUCCUGGGUUUCUUUACGACUACCUCUACUUUCCCCUCGGUCCGCCUGUGGCUGGACCCCCUCAAUACUGGAUUCACUUCCUACAAUAAUUCCCCCGCUCAAGGAAU